AGUCAUCAUUGAAAUGCAGCGACCACUACGGCUAAGCAUCACAAAUGGCAAAAACAAUAUGAAGAAGAGCUUUAUUUUACCACGCGUUGAGCCUUUUCUAGCUUAGCUAAUUUGAUUUCACUAGUUCUACAACUCAUGUCGGCGACCACCUCAUUUUGACUGUGGAAAAAUAAGGUAGUGAAAAAUUAAGUGUAUACCUAAGCGACCCCCAACAUCAAGCUGCAAAAUGGUCAUUCCAGCAAAAAAAGAGGACGACAAAAAAAAGGUAUAGAAGAUUCUUGGCGCAUGAUCCUUUCUGAAAGCAUAACCUGCGAUUUGCAAAAAUAAAUAGAGCCGAGACUCCUAAUGCUCCAUUUAUUCGAUCGAUGAUCGAGCAGGUCGAGGUUGUCCAACAUGUGCUCGGAUUCAUGAACUGCUGGGCGUUGAAUUAAGAAACACCUCUUUAUAAAUCAAAAUCUCUCAACCACAGCCCGCCGGCGAAACAACCGCGAAAGACAAGGACGAAAAAACGUCCAGCGCCACGGCACAACAGCUCCUUGACGAGGAGGAUGAUUUUGAGGAGUUUAAGCUGCCCAGCUCCGCAAGCCUGACCGCGACGACGACCCGGUUGCAGAGGAGCGUCAGCAAGGACCAUUUGGACAAGGCGCAAUGGGACGACGAGGACGCGUAUGACGCGUUUCAGGAGAAUCUGAAAAAGGAGAUUUUGAACUUCGCCGCGGGGAAAAAGUGAGUUUCAACAUUGCGGUAUUUUUCUGUAUCGCAAUGGCAAUAACGCCACCACACGAGAACGUGAACGACCCAUCACCCAUGGCAUCAACAAACGUGUAAUGAGGAGGAACCGGCGGCAACAGACUUUUUAUGAUAGAUUUUUUUGAACUUUGUUCAAACCACAACCACGACAAAUAAAAGCAACGCA